GCUUCAAAACAAUUCACUUAUGUUGUGUACGUGUUCGCCGUGCGUUAGACUUUUGCCGAUAGUUAUUACAUUUUUCUGAUGAGCUAGAACUGGAAGAUUAUUUUGUGAGAUUUAUUCCUUCAGAAGGAGUUUGCUGAUGUAAUCAUGCUCUCAAAUCCGAAGCGAACACCGAAGCGAUCCAUUAUCGGUACACUUGCCAGCGCCAUGUAUUCGGAUGGAAUCUUUUACCCCGUGUUGAUACGAGGCAUCAGGGCCCGAACACCGAACGGCGAAUUCGUGUACGAGGUCGUUCGGGAAGACGGUGUCGCGAGUGAGUGCCUAGCGGACAUGAUGGUUGGCCCGGGAUUCUUACCAGUUUCUCAUACUCAUCUCAAAUUCAACCAACCCGUGUACACCAUCCUUGACGGCCGUGAAGUAAAAGCCAUCGUUCAGAAGCAUCGGAAGCAGACGAACGAGGUUUUGCUCAAAAGUGCCGAUGCCUCCGAGACGAAUUUCAAGAGGAAACUCGACGAUGUCCGGCUGUUGGAAAGUCGCAAGAGCGUUAAACUCACUGACCAUCACCACCACCAUCAUCAUCAUAACCUCACAGACUCUAACAGGCACGACAGGCUCGGUGAAAUUUGCCCAGAACCAAAGAAGCGACCCGUAUCAACCACCAUUGAAGUUCCAAAUCCAAGCCCAAGAAGUGCCAAAACGCAGAAGACCCAUGAGGCUGAGCCAGCGAUGGAUGACGUGAUGGCAGCCAUGGUGUUAACUAGUCUCUUUGGUAGUCCUAAAGUUGACAGAGAGAGGAAUCUUUCAGGUGACAGUGUAUUGAGUGGAGGAGGUCCAAUGUCACCGGCUAGUUCCUUCAGCUCUGGUAUAUCACCGAGUCCAUCGCCGUCAAUCAAUGCUCACUUCACGUGGGACCUAUCGAGAAGUACGCCAAGCCCUUCAUCCUCAAAUAAUAGUGAUAUGGAAAGCAUGCCGUGCCCUCCUUUCAAUACCGCCCAGGGUUCUAUCCCAUCAUCCUCAGCUCUAUUCAGCUCGUCGGUUGACGAAGGAAUCGACAUCAGUGGCGGGGGAUUGCCCUUCUCAAUGGAAGACAAUUUACACAGUGACAGUCCAACCAAAAAAUUCAAGCCAUCUGUGAAGACGUCCUACAAAUGUACCUGGCAGGGAUGCGGAAAAACACUCUCUACUGUCCAAGGCAUUGAGAGACACAUCAGGACUAUUCACCUCAGGAAAAAGGAAGGGGAGGAAUACAGUGAUCAUGAAGAGGAAUUUUACUACACCGAGAUCGAUACUACAGUUGAAUCUGUUUCCGAUACCCUUGCUAACAUGUUCACGUCAUCACCACCUCCAUCCGCCGGCUUCAUCCUUGAUCAGAGCCGCCUACCACACCCUCAUUCUCAGAACGCCCACCCAAGCAUCCCUCAAGACAUCACACCAAAACCAAUGGAGGUUUCCUCUCCCUCACCUAUCCUCUCCAAGAGAGGGCGACAUCUCUCAACGUCCAGUGACAUUGUUUCUUCAAGCGUCAUCUGUGACUCGACUAACCCACCUCUGGUUGGCUCGCUGCCCAACCAAGCAAUCGCCAUGAUUGCGUCUCCAGUGAGUAUUCCCAGCACCCAAGCUCCUUCGUUCUCUUGGUGCCCAGUCACGUCGUCUCCGACAUCAUUUAGCUUUCCCUCCUCAUGCUCCCCGCCCUCCCAGCCAUCCACGGGGAACAGAGUCCGCCACAAGUCGGCCCCUCACAGCUCAGCAGGACAACCCAAGAUCAGAUCGGAGGGGAAGAAAUGCCGCAAGGUUUACGGUAUGGAGAACCGAGACAUGUGGUGCACCCAGUGCAGGUGGAAGAAAGCGUGCGUCAGGUUCACCUAGAUACAGUGUCCUCAAGACCCUUUCGAGUUCAAGUAGAUACCAUGUAAUGGGUUGUCCGGUUUGCCCAAGUAACGUAUCCCCAUGAUGUUGUAGGGUUCACAUGGUGUGUUGUCUGGUUGACAGUACAGUAUCCCCUUGGCCCUGUGGGGUUCAUGUAGAUACCUCAUCAGCAUGGGUUUAUAAGGUUUACCUUCUGGAAACAGUUGUCCAGUUCACCGAAGAACAGUGUCAACGUGGACUUGUGGGGUUCACUGAGAUACUGCCUCAUCAGAGGUCUGUUGGGUUCACCUAAAUACAGUAUCCAGAGACCCCGCAGAACUCACUCAGAAACUACAUAGUGCAUUGUUUGGUUUUCCUUGAUAAGGUGACACCAUGAACCUGUUGGAGGGUUCACCUAUAUGCUGCAUUGGCAUGUCAUCUUCAGUCACACACAUACUGCUUCCUUGUCAGAAUGGAGGGCUACGGCAAUGUGGGUGUGCACAGUUGAUUAAGAUGUGACGUUGAUAAAGAUGACCUGGAUACCACAUUGUUGUGGAUGUUUCUGGUCCAGCUUGAUCCCGCCUAUCCAGGGGUGUGCCAAUUUUGCCUCGAUACCACAUAGUCAUCUACGUGCCAGGUUCAUCAAGGUUCGUCAUACCCACCCUCACGAUUGACCAAUACCCACCUACACCAGUGCUUAUCAAUUACCAUGAUUCUAUACAUAAAUAAAUCUGCUUACAAACAAAACUAAACACUUUCAUAUUUAAGGGAUUUGAUAUUGUUGGUCAAUGUCUAUUGAAAUGACUUCGGUGAAUUGGUUUCGAAUUUGUAUGACCCGUUUUAAUCAUAUCAAAUCAUGUCACAUUUAAGUAGAAAUACAAAUUUGAAAAUGUAAUUAUUCAUGUGAUAUGCUGCAAUGCCUCUAACUGAAAUUCUUUUUUGGAUCCUAUUGUGCAGCUUGGAAGAAUGGCAUGUAGUUCUCUUUGAGAAACGGGUUGAUUUUAAUUUUUCAGCACUGCAUGCAAGAUUUCUUUUUUGCCAACAAAAUUAUAAUUGCUUUAUUUGAUAUUUGUUGAUCAAGAGAUAUUAUUACACCUAAUAAAAGUGAUCAAAUAUUAGAACAAUCGUAAUUUUAGUUUACUUACUGGCUAGGAGAGGGAAGUAACUGCUGGCUAAAAUCAUUUAGAGAAAUGGAAUCAAUUUCAUAAAAUUUUUUAAGUCCAUGGAUUCUUAUAUCCAUUCUAGCUGUUUGUGCUGUCAAUAAGGAUAAAACUGAAUAUAAAUAAACUUAACUUUCUCACAUUUUCGACCAUAUGUAUUCAUGGGUUUUACAAAACAAUGAUUCACAAAACCUUCAUUGCUGGGCUGGUUCAUUGCAUACAUACCCCCCCCCUCCCCUCAAAAGAGAAUAAAUAAAGAAAUGGAAAAAAUAACAAAGAAACAAACAAAAAACGGCUGGGCUAGUACUUUCGCUCAUUUUUGGCGUAAUGUAAAUAUAUAUUCUUGAAAUGAUCUGUUACAUGUAUGUGCAGAAAAACCUUGGCAUUUUUCUUUUCUUUUCUUUAUAAGUUAUUUUUUUAUAUGAAUUAUUUCUUUACAUCAAGUCACUUUAGCAUGUAUGUUAGUUUCAUUCAGUGUUAUUGUCCAGGUCAAACUUACAAAUUCAUAUUGAAUGUUAUGA